GCACCAGACCACACCAGGUGGAAACCAAUCCCGCAACUCGUGCGUUCAUUCGCUAGUAGAGUUCUCGACUCGCACAACCCACACCAUUGUAACUUCUCAACUUCCACAGUCGCUGCUUGGGAAGGAGUGCUGUGGGCUCUCGUGUUGACCUGUGGAAGAAACGCCCUCCUCCGCCGAAAAGAACAUGAAGCACCAAGUUGUGGCAAUCUUUGUGGUGCUCUGCUUCACUUCUGUCGCGGUGAACGCCAAUGCUGCAGUGGACGCCGUCAUCGAGCAACUGAAAAACUUGGUGCGACAGUUCGUGAAGGAUGAGGCCAAGGCCCAGGAAUAUCUGAGCAAGAUCGACAGCGCGAGUGAGUGUCUCUCAGCCGCGAAGGACCUCAACCCUGACAUUAUCGAUCAAUUUGUCAAGGGCGUCAUUCCGACAGUCAUGGAAUGCGGUGGCGAGCAUAUCACCAUCGAUGACCCUCAGAAAAGGGCAACUGCGAUAAAGGACUGCUUGCUAGAGAAGGCGAACAAGUUUAAGCAAUCCAGUGGAAUGACUCCAGACGAGAUGAAGAUGUUCGACGAUGCUUCAGCUUGCAUCCAGAAGGUAGCCGAAGGAGUCGUUUAGACGGAACAGAAACUGAGGAGAGCUGAAGAAAUGUAGGAGGCUGUAGUAGACCGGAGCACCCGGACGCACCUUUCACACGUGUCAAACAAAAUAAAGUUCGCAGAAAAAGAAAAACAAUGAA